AUGAGCCGUGGAGGCAUUUACAAAUCUUUGUAUAUGGGUCGACUGGCCUUGAAGACGCCGCGGAAGCGCAGCGCAAACAAACCUCCCCUCUCCGGACACAGCAAUCAUUUCCGGCCAACCAAGAGACGAACACCACCUAUCAUGAGUCUUCAUGACAAACCGACUGCAGCCAGUGAUGCUGAGGAGUCACUUUAUGACAAACUGGCUAAAGCCAGUGAUGCAGACAAAGUGGCCGCGAGCAAAAUCAUAGAGGCUCAGGAAACGGGUUUGCGCGAGCGCCAUUCUAAAAGAGUCGACACGUUAGGAUUUCCAGGCACUUAUAGCGGUCGUGUGGAAUAUGAAAUGGCACGGGCCGAAAUGAAGAAACGGGAAAAAGACCUCGACUUUGACUCAAGGUGUCGUGCGGAUGCUUCACCAGGGGAAAUAAAGGCUGAAGAAAUCAUACAAAUGCUUCGACAAAAGGACAGGGAACAAAUAUACGACAGAGCACCACCCCGACAUGGGCAUGCGAAUCAGGCGCACAAGAGAUUUGCCGGAGACCAUUUCCUCUCAAACAUCGACCUUAUUGAGCAGACGGAACUGUUCAAGGUAGCACGUCAAAUGCCUAAGGGUACUCAUCUGCACAUUCAUCUCAAUGCUUGCUUGCAGCCCUCAGUACUGUUGGACAUGGCCGCAGAGAUGGAUGAAAUGUACAUCUGGAGCGAUCGGGCAUUGAUUCACCUGCCCUCCGACCCAGAUGGGAAACCAAAUAGACGGAGGUACCUCAACUUUGAUGCAUGCGCAAUAGAGUUCUCUAUCAAAAAAGGGACAGUGAGCAAAACCGGCAACCUCUUCUCAGAGAACUAUGAACCCAAACAGCUCAUGAGGUUUAAAGAAUUCAUUCGCCGGUGGAACAAGCAGGCUCCUUAUGGCGAUCUAAACGCCAUGCAGUGGCUUCAAGAAAAAGUACAGUUCAAUGAAGAAGAAGCCCACGGGCCACUACAGACUGCAGGAGGAGCUUGGGAACUGUUCAACAACAGAACCAGGAUGAUGAAGGGCCUCUUUAACUACGAAACUGCUUUCAGAACGUAUAUCCGAUUGCUUCUCCAGGACUUCGUAGGCGAAAAAAUUCUCUAUGCCGAAAUUCGACCAACAUUCAUGUCAACCAACUACCUCUUUACUGACAAAGGGAAGCGCUUAGACAAUAAGGGCAUCAUGCGUAUUAUUGUUGACGAGGUGACGAGCUUUCUGAAGAAUCGAGGGCAGAACGGGCAGGUUGCAGGCAACGGACCCUUCCACGGCAUCAAAGUUAUUUACUGCACGCCUCGAUCCUUGCCGAACAAGUCGAUCGAAGUGGCGCUAAGAGAGUGUCGCGAGUUCAACAAAUUAUUCCCGGGCUGGAUAGCAGGCUUCGACCUUGUUGGAGAAGAAGGCCAGGGCAAACCCCUGCACGAAUUCGCCGACGAGUUUCAGAAAUUUAAGAGGGACUGUGCAGACGAGGAUGUCGAGAUUCCCUUCCUGUUUCACUGUGGCGAAACGCUUGAUAUGGACACUGAUACGGAUGGUAACCUCAUCGACGCACUCUUGUUAGGGGCGAAGCGUAUCGCCCACGGUUUUGCGUUGACAAAACACCCACACAUCAUGGAGCAAAUGAAGGCCAGAGGCGUUUGCUUAGAGCUGUGUCCGAUCUCGAACGAAAUCUUGGGCCUGACACCCCGUGUGGCUGGGCAUUCAAUGUAUUCUCUUCUGGCCAACAACGUGCACUGCACAGUUAACUCUGACAAUGGGACUAUAUUCCGGUCUUCCCUAUCACACGAUUUCUACCAGGUUCUGAUUGGCAGAGGCGGGCUCGGUCUCUAUGGCUGGAAACAAUUGGCUUUGUGGAGUAUAGAUCACGCCUGUCUGGAUGGCGAGGAGAAAAAGAAAGUGUUGAAGAGCUGGGAAGGUCAAUGGGAGGAUUUCCUCAAGUGGAUUGAGAAACAGUACGGCGAUGAGUUGCUCAAGUGGGAGCAAGAGUCAAACAAGAGGUCUUCCAGUGGUUUGGGGAAAGUAUGA